AGGCCUGGUGUAGUUUUUUUUGUUGCAGGAUUCUUUCCGCCGUGUGUCAUUUGUCACUGGGAUGGAUACGACGCUUGCCAGGCAGAGCGUCAUCGUCGCCCGAUUCUUCUGGGAUUAGACUAGUCGCGUGUGGAUCAGAGACGUUCCCGCGCUGGUGUAUCCAACAGAUGCUUAGCCCCCUGGGAGUUCUGCGGCAAAUGUUAACAGUCGGGGAGGGGGGUGGGGGGAUCGUUUAACUCUACCCACUUGCACUUUUACCCUCCACUGUCGAUCAGAAGGAUUCCCACCCCUACCCGACCCUUCUUUGUGUUCUGUGUGAAAUUAGAAUUCGCCGCUGGACCGCCUGUGGUUUUAUCUAUCCGCGAUAGCAGCGACUCCUCAAAAUAUUCUAGGAUUAGUGUAAUUAUUUCCCAGCGCUAAAGCACCACUUCAAGUAUGAGCCGGGGGAGAAGCUCCAGUCUUAAAUCCGACCUUUGCAGCAGUUCUAUCACGUGUCCAACAGUCUAUCUGGACGAGAAGUUAGCGUGGAAUAACAAAUGUUGGGAAGUUGCACUUGUGUGAGACUUGUGCAUUUAGGCCUGUCUGUUUGCCAGCAGGGUGCAGCGGGUCUCCUGUUUGCACUGAAACCAAAGCUCUACAGCUGCCUCUCUAUCUGUGAGGAAAUGUGUUUCAUGUGGUCUGCAUGAGUCUGUGAAUUCAGCAGCAGGCUCCAGCCUGUCUCUGCUUUCUGCAGCAGAGAUAAGAUUUUUUUCUUUAAAUUGUUUCUGUCUAAAAUAAUGGUGCAAUUUAUGUUUUUAAAGUGCUUUGUAAUCAGUUUUUUUUUUUAAAGAUCUCUAAGAUUGUUUUCUGCUCUUAAAUGUGCUGCAGGCUUUGGCUAUGGGGGGAUCCAAGAGUAAGCCCAAGGAUGUAGGCCAGCGAACCCGCAGCCUCGACAGUAACCCCGGCUCUGGGGGAGGGGCUGGCAGCCAUCACCUCAAUUCUGCUCAGCAGUCCGUGACUCCAAACCGAAACCCCGCGGCCGACGCAGGUCUGAACAAUCAGUCGUCGGCCUCCAAUGCAGAGCUGACCCUCUUCGGAGGUGUGGACAACAACAGUGUUUCGUCUUCCAACAGAAUCACUCUAGCAGGUGGCGUAACGACAUUUGUGGCUCUGUACGACUACGAGUCUCGAACAGCUUCAGAUUUGUCUUUCAGGAAAGGAGAACGGCUCCAGAUAGUAAACAAUACGAGGAAGGUGAACUGCAGAGAAGGGGAUUGGUGGCAGGCGCGCUCCCUGACCACCGGAGAGAGCGGUUACAUCCCCAGCAAUUACGUGGCUCCAUCCGAAUCCAUCCAGGCAGAAGAUGAUCUCAAACUGACUCUAGACUCCAGGUGGUACUUUGGCAAAAUCACUCGCCGCGAUUCCGAGAGGCUGCUGCUCAGCUUAGAGAACCGGAGAGGAACGUUCCUGGUGAGAGAGAGUGAGACCACCAAGGGUGCCUACUGUCUGUCGGUGCUGGACUACGACAACACCAAAGGGCUGAACGUGAAACACUACAAGAUCAGGAAGCUGGACAGCGGAGGCUUCUACAUCACCUCCCGCACUCAGUUCAGCACCCUGCAGCACCUCGUCAACCACUACCGCAAGCACGCCGACGGACUGUGUCACAGUCUGACGGACAUUUGUCCCGUACUGAAGCCUCAGACUCAGGGUCUGGCAAAGGAUGCCUGGGAGAUCCCCAGAGAGUCUCUGCAUCUGGACGUCAAGCUCGGGCAGGGCUGUUUCGGAGAGGUCUGGAUGGGAACGUGGAACGGUACGACACGAGUGGCCAUCAAGACCCUGAAGCCGGGCACCAUGUCCCCCGAGGCCUUUCUGCAGGAAGCUCAGGUCAUGAAGAAACUCCGGCACGAAAAGCUGGUGCAGCUCUACGCCGUGGUGUCGGAGGAGCCCAUCUACAUCGUCACGGAGUACAUGAGCCAAGGCAGCCUCCUGGACUUCCUGAAAGGGGACAUGGGUAAGAUGCUCCGCCUCCCUCAGCUGGUGGACAUGGCCUCCCAGAUUGCUUCAGGGAUGGCGUACGUGGAGAGGAUGAACUACGUGCACAGAGACCUUCGGGCCGCUAACAUCCUGGUGGGAGAUAACCUGGUUUGCAAAGUGGCAGAUUUUGGUCUGGCUCGCCUCAUCGAGGAUAAUGAAUACACGGCCAGACAAGGAGCAAAGUUUCCCAUCAAGUGGACGGCCCCUGAGGCGGCGCUCUACGGCCGCUUCACCAUCAAGUCAGACGUCUGGUCAUUCGGAAUCCUGCUGACUGAACUGGCCACCAAAGGCAGAGUUCCUUAUCCAGGGAUGGUGAACCGGGAGGUGUUGGACCAGGUGGACCGCGGCUACCGGAUGCCGUGCCCGGCGGACUGUCCCGAGUCGCUUCACGAUCUGAUGCUGACCUGCUGGAGGAAAGAGGCGGAGGAGAGGCCCACCUUUGAGUACCUGCAGAGCUUUCUGGAGGACUACUUCACCUCCACAGAGCCUCAGUACCAGCCGGGAGAAAACCUGUAACCGGGCCGCAGCAGAACUCAAAAAUCACAUUUCCGUGUUGCUGUUUUCUGGUGAGCAUACGGCUCAUUCCUGCUCGUUGGAACGUCCCAACAGAAAACGCCUUGAUGGUACGACCCAGAGGACUGCUGGAGAAACAUGAGGAAGUCUUGUCCUGCUGAGAAUAAAACCACACUGUCUUUGGAUCAUCGCUGGACCCGUUUGCUUCCAUUUCUAAUAAUCAGAUGUGACUCUGAACAUCACUCACACUGUCUUCUUUCUACUGUCCUCGUACUGCGAUCGAGGCUGCAUGAUGGGAUGCUCCUUCACCCUGGAUACAGUGGAUGUUUCUGGGAACUUUUCCACUUUUUCUUUUUUUAGCCAUCUUUGAAGCAUUUUUCCACCAUAAAAAUCCCAAUCUGGAGUCAGUAAAGUCUCACUGAUCAGUCACACAUAGUUUUGGGCGACAUUCAUCUCAUAACCAAAGGGAGACAGUCUGUUUCUUUUGUCACUUCAGGUCAAAGCAAAACUAAUUUUUGAAGGGGGGAUGGCUGUGUUUUUAGGCCAAUUAGGAUAAAUGUUUUGUAUUAAUCUGCACUAAAGUCUAUUUUAAUAACUUUCUAAUACAAUGUUUUAUUCUUUAAAGGAUCAGCCACUGUUUGGAGUUGCUGCAGCACCUGUUUCUCACCUGAGUGAGGAGUUUUUACAGCAUUUAAACUAAAAACUGUCUGCUUCCAGCACUGACAUUAACUAAGAUAAAGAGGGUUUUUUUUAUUUCUAAAAAUUUGCUUUUUUUUUUAUUUUUUUAAGUGGUGCACCUUUUGACUUUACACUGGAGUUUCCAUGUUUUUGUGUGCACGCCAUGCCUCCUUGUGGCCACCAGGGGGCAGACAACAAAGCAUUUCUGCACACCUUAAGCUUGUGUAGCAAAAAAAAAAAAAAUCUUGAAAUUUACAUGUAAAUACUCCCAAAAAUACUAAUAGUUUGUACAUAUAGUCUUUAUAAUUUAUUCCUUUUAACUCUUUUAUUUUCUAGGUUUGAUUUCCAGCUCCACUGUUCUGUUUGUGGUAAUUUGACGGGUUUAAUAGCAGCUGAUUUCAAGGCAAAUGUAAAUUAUAGAACACACUCUUGGUUACAUGUUUCUUUCUUUGUGUGGAUUUUAUUUUGUGAAUGACUGAUGGAACUGGAGAGGGGGUGCUGCACCAAGUUUUCACA